AUGCUCCAGACUGCUUAUGGAUUAACUUUUCCACCGAUACAAAAGGUGAGUGACGAUAAGAGGUGUGAGAGGGAGAUGGACUUCAGAACAUCAGAACUGGUUGAUAAAAUUCGUAAUUUUCCUUAUGAAGACCGUCAUGUGUUUAUAAAUAUAAUAAGCAUACAAUUUGGAGUUGGUGUGGCAACUGUAGACAGAGUUAUUCAUGAAGAUCUGAACAUACGCAAAAUUUGUGCAAAGUUUGUUCUCAGCGUGCUCAUCCUGGUAACUAACUAUUUGACAGAAAAGAGCAUCUCUCACUCUCCGUACAGUCUAGAUCUUGCCCCCUGUGACUUUUGGUUGUUCUCCAAGCAGAAGGAGAACCUCAGGGGCAGUCGUUUUGAAAACGAAGGAGUUUGUGACAAGUUUUCUGAACACCUUCGCCAUGGAGGACUUCCAUGGGACCGUCACAAGGUGGCUGGAGCGGUGAAACAAAUGCAUUGA